UAAGAAGAGCAUUUGUUUCUCUUCUUCCACCAACUUUCGGACCUUUCUUUCCUUAAUCUGUCUUUCCAAACAAAAACAUACAAAGGGUGCAACACAAUUAAUUAAUCUUAAUUAAUUGUGUUGUUGAAGAGUAAAAGGGCAUGGACAGCCUUGAAGAAAAAGUGUUUGUGUUCAUGGAUGAACAACAUUAUUAUUCAAAUGAAUUAGAGUUACAUGGUUCUGUGGACAACCUAUGUUGGUCGGACAACUCAAGCGACUCUGAUGACUCACUAGAGAGGACUUUGUAUUGGGAAUCUCAGGUGGCACUGCUUCAGGAAAUUUUGGAGCAGUAUCAUUUAACUGGGUCAAAAUUGAGACAAGAGAUUGGUCGAAUCAUAAAAGAGGUCAAAUGUUCGGAUUUUUGCAACUGUUUCAAGCCCAUCUCUUCCGAUUGUAUCACCUGUUUAAGAAGAAGAGUGGUUGCUGUGCUUCGCGACAGAGGAUUCAGUACCAACCUUUGCAUGUCAAAAUGGAGAGCCACCAAAAAAUUUCCUGGAGGUUGUCACGAAUAUAUUGAGGUGAUGGCAAGCACAUCAACGAGGAAGAAGCAGAUCCCAUUGCUGAUUGAAUUGGAAUUGAGGGACCAGUUUCAGAUUGCAAAAGCAGAUGAAAAAUACCAGAAACUUGUGUCCUGUGUGCCUGAAUUUUAUAUUGGGAAACCAGAGUACUUAACUGCCAUAGUUCGAGUUAUGUGCAAUGCUGCAAAGAAAUCAAUGAGGGAGAAGAAAAUGCAUCUGGGUCCAUGGAGGAAGAGUAGCUUCAUGCAGAUGAAGUGGUCAGGCUUCAAUCAUACAUGGAAUUCUGAUAAAUCAUCGGGCAGACUUUCAACAUUUCCCCUUCCACAAGCAACUGAAUCUUACCUCAGAAUUUCAGGCGCUCCAACUGCUGUCGUAGUCACCUGAAUUGUUUCUUGACAAUAAGCUCAAAAUCAAUGGUAGAUUUUGAAAGGGAAUUUUGAACUUAGACCCUUUUAGCUGCAGUAUAUUAGAUCAUUAGCAAUUCGUUUUGCUUUAGUUCAAAGAUUGUGAUGUAAUUUAUAUUCUCGUAGCAAUAGCAUAUAUCAUGUACCGUUAUGCAGUAACGCAAUUUUGAGUUUAUGAAUGUAUUAAGCUUCAAGAUCAAAUGUUAAUUAUCGAGAUAUAUAUAUAUAUAUAUAUGUCAAGUAGAUAAACUAGAGUUU